CUCAUAUUACGUGGGCUUUGUAUAGACCUGCGAUUGCUAGGCACUCUAUAUUUGUAGACGGCCGGGUAACGAUCGAGUUGUGUAAUUGAUUGAGGACUGGGUGUGCGCAGGUCAAGGCGCUCAGUAUUCAACAUUUGUAAAAUGCCGGGUUUUGAUCGAUUAGUGUUAUUUGUUCGGGACUCGGAAUGCGAAGAUUUCAGACUCUGAUGAAACUCUGCCUCCAGACGACAUGGACACCAAUGCACCAGAAAUAUCCCAACACCACUCAGAAACAGCUACUGAACAAAAUACGAUUUCAGACUAUGAUGAAACUCUGCCUCCAGACGACCUGGACACCAAUGCACCAGAAAUAUCCCAACACCACUCAGAAACAGCUACUGAACAAAAUACGACGACCUGGACACCAAUGCACCAGAAAUAUCCCAACACCACUCAGAAACAGCUACGGAACAAAAUACGAUUUCAGACUAUGAUGAAACUCUGCCUCCAGACGACAGGGACACCAAUGCACCAGAAAUAUCCCAAAACCACUCAGAAACAGCUACUGAACAAAAUACGGUUAGUGAAUUUUCUUCAACUUCUUACAGUGCCUAUAGUGUCACUGUAACUUCAUCACAGCCUGCUACUGAACCAGCCCCUAAAAAGCUAAAACUACAUGUAUCCAUACAAACUAUUGAUCCUUU